AUGGGGUUGAGAUGGAGCAGAUGCUUGCUCAGGCAGGAUGAAGAGGAAAGAUCUCAGUCUGCUUCCUCAGAAGACAGUGUCCCUUCAUCAAACGAAGCUGAUAGAAAGACUAACAACAGCCCUAGUUUACAGUCACGCCAAGGAUCCUGCAGCUCGUCUGACGAAUCUGUAUCCGUGACACAAUCAGAGAAAGCAUCUGAGCAUAGUGAUAUCGACGGCAGGAUUCAUGCACUGAAAGAUGAUCUGAGGAAACAUAAACCUGUUGUAAACAAAUUGAAAAAGGGGCAGAAGCUUCGGAAGGAGAGAUUGAAGGCACAGGAGGCCAGUCUCAUUAACGAACUAAGGUCCUGUGAUGAAUCGAUUAAAAGGACUCAAGUAAAACUGAGCAAAGUGUCCAGUUCCUCCAAACCACAAAUCGAAACCCCUUCCUCCAUUGCUGCUGAGAAGCCCAAGGCUGAACCACUUUCUCUACAAAGGACUGAAUCUGAAAAGAGCUGGAAAUCACUUCCUGAGGGUGAAGGAUCUAAUGUGUCAUUGAGUUGCAUUGUUAAAAAGGAGACAGCAUCUGACAAGAGAUCUAUUGUAGACAAAUUGAAGGAAGUGCAUGAAAAGUAUCAGAAGGAGAGAUUGAAGGCACGGGAGGCCAGACUCAGUAAAAGACUAGACUUACGGUUGAACAACAUAAAGCAACUGUCCACAACUGCCUUGGCCUUGGGGGUAGAGCGUACCCGGAAUGAGCUGCUCCCACUUCUGACUGACACCAUUUUCGAUGAAGACGAGGCACUGCUGGCAUUAGCGGAGCAACUAGGGAGCUUCACGGUGCUCGUUGGCGGACCGGAGUAUGUUCACUGUUUGCUGCCUCCCUUGGAGAACCUGGCAAUGGUGGAAAAAUCGGUAGUACGAGAUAAAGCCAUCGAUUCACUGCGAGCCAUCUCCCACGAGCACUCUCCUGCAGACCUAGAAGUCCACUUUGUGCCACUGGUGAAGCGCCUGACAUGUGGUGACUGGUUCACGUCCAGGACUUCGGCAUGCAGCCUUUUCAGUGUCUGCUACCCUCGGGUAUCCAGCUCUGUAAAGGCCGAGCUGCGUCAACUUUUCCACAGCUUGUGCUCAGAUGACACACCAGUGGUCCGCCAGGCAGCAGCAUCAAAGUUGGGUGAAUUUGCAAAGGUUCUGGAGCUGGAGUUUUUGAAAAGUGACAUUAUACCCCUCUUCACUUCCCUGGCUUCUGAUGAGCAGGAUUCGGUGAGGCUGUUGGCAGUUGAGGCUUGUGUGAGCAUAGCCCAGCUGCUGCCCCAGGAAGACCUGGAAGCGUUGGUGAUGCCGACCCUCCGGCAGGCAGUGGACGAUAAAUCCUGGCGUGUUCGCUAUGUGGUGGCAGACAAAUUUUCUGAAGAACUUGUGUCUGACACCAAUCAACACGUGAAGUCAGCUCUGGCCUCUGUUAUUAUGGGCUUGUCCACCAUCCUGGGCAAGGACAGCACUGUUGAGCACCUGCUUCCCCUGUUCUUGGCUCAGCUCAAAGAUAAGUGCCCUGAGGUCCGUUUGAACAUUAUCUCCAAUCUGGACUGCGUGAAUGAAGUUAUUGGAAUUCACCAGUUAUCACAGUCUCUCCUGCCAGCCAUUGCAGAAUUAGCAGAAGAUGCCAAAUGGAGAGUGCGCCUUGCGAUAAUCGAGUACAUGCCUCUGCUUGCAGGGCUGUUGGGAGUGGAGUUUUUUGAUGAGAAGUUGAACUCCUUGUGCAUGACGUGGCUGGUGGAUCACGUGUACGCCAUUCGCGAGGCCGCGACCAACAACUUGACCAAGUUGGUGGAGAAGUUUGGCAAAGACUGGGCAGAAUCCACCAUUGUGCCGAAAGUACUUGCCAUGGCCAGUGACCCCAACUACCAUCACAGAAUGACCACCCUGUUCUGCAUUAACGUGUUGUCUGAAGCCUGUGGCCAAGAAAUCACAGCAAAGCACAUGCUACCGACGGUUCUCCAGAUGGCAGGCGAUCAGGUGGCAAACGUUCGCUUCAACGUGGCUAAAUCAUUGCAGAAAAUAGGACCGGUUUUAGAUGCCAGCACUUUACAGAACAAGUUCAAACCAACACUGGAGAAAUUGGGUCAGGACCAAGAUAUGGACGUAAAGUACUUCGCGCAGGAAGCCAUGACUGGAAAAAGGAAAGUUACGUCACAUCCGGAGUUUCUCCAGUUUGCGGACGAUUUCCCUCCACGCCUCUCUAACAUAGUGGGGAACCGCGUACGAAGCAAGUUACAGCAAUGGUUUGCCAUUGCCUUCUGCCGGGGAGUGCUGUUGGAGAGAAGUGGAAACACACUAAAUAAGGAGAAGUAUGUGACCCAGCAUGGAGCAGUUUGCAGGGGAGCCGGCUGGAUUCGAACUGGGGACCUUUCGUCCCCAAGUCCGACUCUGAUGUCACGACACCACCAGUCGGGUCACAGGAUCAAUCAAAAAGAACAGAGCAGCGUACACUGUAUCAACUCUGCUGUCGAGAACUAUUAG